CCGGUUGGAAAAGCAAGAGGGCGUUUGACGGAGAAGGCCUAAACGUAAGCAUUAUCGUUCUGGAUUUGUUUUUAUCUUUGCGUACAUAUACACAUAUAUAUCGUUUAAUAGAUUAAACAUUGUUAUUAAUUGUUAUCUGGAUAGUCUGAGUUAGCGUCGACUCUUCUUGUGCGUGCUAUCUUAGCUUAAACUAGCUUGUUAGCUGCUAACAAAGAGACGCGGACGUUAUCAACACAUCGCUAAGUAGAGAUCAAAUGUGAGUGUAAAGUGUUGUGAUUGUGGGAAAAUGUGCGAAAGAACGAUAGCAAAGUACGAGGAGGAACUUUGUCCAACAAAAGAGGAGAAGGAGCGACAACAUCAGAAACAUCAAGUUGUGUUACACAGAACAGGAGAGGAGUCCUCCAUAUUUGACCUGACCUCCUCCCAGGAACUGCAGUCCUGUGUAAAUGACGCUCGCUGGUAAUAAAGCCUACUUGGACGCUGUUUUCAAGAAACAUCAAGGUGUUACACAGAACAGACGUGUGUGAAGAAAAUCUUCCUAAGCUGAAGAAGUGGAGCUUCAGGAUGCAGCAGGAGGAGCCACAGCCCUCUUACUUUAAAGAGGAAGACGAGGACCCACUGACCCCCCAUUUUAAAGAGGAAGAGGAGGAACACAGCAUCAGUCAGGAGGGAGAGCAACUUGACUGGUUGGAGGAGUUCCCAGUGAUUAGUGUUAUUGUGAAGGGUGAAGAUGAUGAGGUCGAAGGUGAAAGUGAGGAGAAGAGAGAGGCGGAGCCUCCAAGCAGCAGCUCAACACAACACAUGACAACAGAAGCUGAUGGAGACCACUGUGGAGGAUCACAAGCAGACAAGAUCUUAGCUCCACUAUCAGAUGGUGAGGACACAACGUCACACUCUCCUGACACUGAUGAUGAAGACUCUAAAGAUGAGAAGACAUGUCACACUGACAACACUCGCUUGAAAUGUUCUCACUGCGACAAAACCUUUCAUUCCCGUUCUUAUCUGAAAGUACACAUGAGGAUACACACUGGAGAAAAACCUUUUCCUUGCUCAACCUGUGGUAAAGGUUUUACACGCAGUCAAAGUUUGAAAGUACACAAGAGAACCCACACCGGAGAAAAAACUUGUAUCUGUUCAAUCUGUGGUAAAGGUUUCGUACUUAGUCAAAAUUUGAAAGUACACAUGAGAAUACACACCGGAGAAAAACCCUUUUCUUGCUCGACCUGCGGUAAAGAAUUUGCACAAAGUCAGAGUUUGAAAUUACAUAUGAGAAGACACACCGGAGAAAAACCGUGUUCUUGUCCAAUCUGUGGUAAAGGUUUUGUUCUAAGUCACAAUUUGAAAGUACACAUGACAACGCACACUGGUGAAAAACUUUAUGUCUGUUCAAUCUGCGGUAAAGGUUUUGCAACGAGCCAUAAUUUGAAAUUACACAUGAGAAUACACACCGGAGAAAAACCUUUUAUCUGUCCAAUAUGUGGUAAAGGUUUUACACACAGUCAGAGUUUGAAAAAACACACAAUAUUACACACUGGAGAAACCUCUUUUAUAUGUUUAAUCUGUAGUAAAGGUUUUGUACAAAGUAACAAUUUGAAAGUACACAUGAGAAUACACACCGGUGAAAAACCGUUUUCCUGUUCAAUCUGUGGUAAAGGUUUUGUACAAAGAUCACAUAUGGAAGAACACAGAAGAAUACACACUGGAGAAAAAUAUUGUAUCUGUUCAAUCUGUAGUAAAGGUUUUGCACAAAGUCACAAUUUGAAAGUACACAUGAGAACACACACAGGCGAGAAAGUGUUGAGUUGCAGUGUGUGUGGUGAAAGAUUCUCUUAUAAGUACCAGCUUGACAAACACACGUGUGCUGGUGAGAACAGCAGCAGCAAAUGAAACUGCAGGAUUUGAAAUAAACUGUCAAGACUUUCAUUUGGACUUUCUAACAACAUCAGCACAUAUAACAUGUGUGACAUUGUUGUUUGUGUAACAAUCUUUUUAAUAUGCUUCUACAUUUAUAGAUUAGAUAUUUUACUUUAGUGAUUUUAGUGAGAGUAAACAGUACACAAAAUAUUUUACAUACAAUAAACAUUUUAUGUGUAUAUAUAUCAGUGACGUGCAGUCACUAGAGGCAGGUGAGGCGGGGCCUCACCUGUCAUCAUGGAAAGAAAAAAAAAUGUAAAAAGAAAAAAAAAAAAUUUAAUUGUUAUAUGUAUCCAGUGAUUAUACUAUAAAGUUAUUUUCCAUUUAACUUCACCAGUUUUAGAUUAUUUUUAUUCAAAAUCGCUGAAUUUUCACAAUUGCCGUUCAAAUACUGAGAAGAGACGGUGCGGUGAACAGCAGCCAGUUGA